AACAAAUGGAACAAAACUCUCUGUCUUUCUCCAGGCCCUCCUGGACACUCAGAACCAGCUGAGAUCUCAAAUCAAUAACUUCACCUUUAAUCUGGGCUUCUCUGGGAAGUUCUACCAUACAGGUACAGAGGAAGAGGAUGAGGGUGAUGACAUGUUGCUCCGUUCUGUAUCAGAGUUCUGGUGGUUCCCUCACAUGUACAGCCACAUGCAGCCACACCUCUUCCACAACCACACCUCUCUACUGGAACAGAUGAUUCUCAACAAGGACUUCGCCCUGGAGCAUGGUAUUCCAGUAGACCAGGGCUAUGCUGUAGCGCCCCACCAUUCAGGCGUCUACCCUGUUCAUCCCCAGCUGUAUGAGUCCUGGAGGAAGGCCUGGGACAUCAGAGUUACAUCUACUGAGGAAUACCCUCACCUCAAACCUGCUCGAUACCGCAAAGGAUUCAUACACAAUGAUAUCAUGGUCCUGCCGCGUCAGACGUGUGGGUUGUUCACACACACCAUUUACUAUCAGGACUAUCCUGGAGGACCUAAAGCACUGGACAACAGCAUCAUGGGAGGAGAACUGUUCCUUACUGUCCUACUGAACCCAAUCAGUGUGUUCAUGACCCACCUGUCUAACUAUGGUAACGAUCGUCUGGGUCUGUACACCUUCCUUCACCUGGCUGACUUCAUCUCUACCUGGACACACCUCCAGCUAGACACUCUACCUCCUCUACAACUGGCCCAGAGAUACUUCACCCUGUUCCCCCAGCAGAGACAGCCUCUCUGGCAGAACCCGUGUGAUGACAAGAGGCACAGAGACAUCUGGUCCAAGGAGAAGACCUGUGAUAGGCUGCCCAAGUUCCUGGUCAUCGGACCACAGAAGACAGGAACGACAGCCCUCUCUCUCUUCCUCCUGAUGCAUCCUUCCAUCUCUAGUAGCUUCCCCGGCCCCAGGACAUACGGAGAGGUCCAGUUCUUCAACACUAACAACUACCACCAGGGAAUAGACUGGUAUAUGGAGUUGUUCCCGCUCCCGUCUAAUGUCACCAGUGACUUCCUGUUUGAGAAGAGCUCCGCCUACUUCCCCUCUGAAGACGCUCCUCGCCGCGCUGCCGCCCUGCUGCCUAAAGCCAAGAUCCUGACCAUGUUGAUCAACCCCUCAGACAGGGCUUAUAACUGGUACCAGCACCAGAAGGCCCAUGAGGACAGCACUGCGUCCAGGUUCUCUUUCUAUGACGUUAUCAGCGCACAACGCGGGGCGCCGGCCGACAUCCGAUCCCUCCAGAACCGUUGUCUUACACCAGGACUCUACCAUACACACCUGGAGAGAUGGUUAACACACUACCCUGUUAACCAGCUGAUGGUUCUAGAUGGACAGCAGUUGAGGAGAGAUCCAGCUGCAGUGAUGGAUGAAGUCCAGAAGUUCCUAGGAGUUACUCCUCAUUACAACUAUUCACAGACUCUCACGUUUGACCAGCAGAAGGGUUUCUGGUGUCAGCUUUUAGAAGAGGGGAAGACCAAGUGUUUGGGGAGUGAAGGACAGAAAUACCCUCCCAUGGAACCAGAGGCACGGUCCUACCUGUCCAGGUAUUAUCGGGAACACAACAUAGACCUGUCCAAGCUUCUCCACAGACUGGGUCAGCCUCUCCCCUCCUGGCUCAGGGAGGAACUACAGAAGAUCAGUUAACAGGGUUAGAGGUUAGGGGUCACCGGCUGGGUCAGCCUCUCCCCUCCUGGCUGAGAGAGGAACUACAGAAGAUCAGAUAACCUCUAACCCUACCGGCAGCCCAGGUUCAGAGGUCAGGUGUUAAGGGUCGCGGGGACCAUUAAGAGGCAGAGGGUCGUGACCUUUCUGUGACCUCCCAACCCCUGUGGUGAACCUGAGGAUGGAUGAGAGGUCAUGAACUCUGAACAAUUGACUCUGUCCUGGCAUGACCUCACAGAGGAGAAGAGACACUAGAGAACUGAUGUAUGGAUGGAUAACUGGACAGAUGAAUGGAUGGUCUCUGAACUCUGAGAGAGAUUAAUGGAGGGAUGAAUGGACGGUCUCUGAACUCUGAGAGAGAUGAAUGGAGGGAUGCCUGACCUCUGGAACAGAACUGUGUGUUUCAGUUAAUGGACUAGAGAGAGAGAGAGAGGUGGAUUGUCAUCAUAUCACCUCUGCGACAUCUUGAACACAGACACACAGUGGAACCUCAACACUGUUCUGUUCAAAGGAUCCAAAGACCUGAUGAGCUGUAGUUGUGGUUCUAGAAUGAACUGGAACAUAACAGAACCUGGAGCUAAAGCUCAGAGACAGAGAUAACCCCAAGAGGACCCCAACCAGACACAACACCCUCUAUACUCCUGGUUCUGCAUCAUCAUGUAACCAGGAAGUGUAACCAGGAAGUGUGCUGUGGGAUCCAAGACCUGUGAGCUAAACCAGUCAGCUCUCUCUCUGUCUGAAUGCAACGUGUGUCACCCUGUUCCCCACAUAGAAGGCCGCUACAUAGGGACAUGGUGUUAUGUGGGACAGAACACUUUUGUAGACUAACCAGUCUCAUGUAUUUGUCAUGACCUCGUCUCAAAUCAAAUAAAA